ACCAGAGGGAGUAAUUUGUAAAAGAAGGUAAGUUUGGCUCCUACAGAAAAAAAAUUCAGCAAAUCAAGGGGCAAAAAGGAAAAGAAAAGAUAAACUUUUCGAGAUCCGUGCCAAAAGUUCAUCUUUUCACCAUCAGUGUGAGAGUAGGGAGAGUUUAUUCUCUCAAGCUCGGCCGCCUUUACACCAUCAAUGGCGGAGUACGAGAGGCAUCAGCUGCAGCAACAGUCAGGCGGUGGCGGCGGAAUCCCCAAAGAGAGAGCUGUGCAAGCCAUAAACACAAUCAUACAGCUCCACUUCGAGAAAACCCUCGAGAAGAAGAGGUCCAUCGACCUCCAGAAGAAGGAGCUCCACAAGCUCUUCAUCCUCUUCUUCAUCUUCCUCGCCCUCGUCUUCUCCGCCCAGUCCUCUGCCUCCUCACGCCUCCAGUGCCGCCACUGCUGGGUCCCAAUCAUCCUUCUCUCCCUGGCCCACCUCAUCUUCUACGUCUCGGUGGCGCAGACGCUCCGGUGCAUCAACGGGUUCAAGUACCAGCGGCGCUGCCACAAGCUGACGCUGGGACUCGCCACCGAGAAGCUGAGGGAGAUGAAGGUGAGGCUGAGCGAUGAAUUCGAUGCCCCGAUUUCCGACGAGGAAUUUGAGAUUCACUACCAGGAGCCUCCGGAGGCCUACUUUGCGAAGUUCAAGAGGAACUGGGCUUGCCAUUUUGCCUUCUUGAUCCUCAUCUACUGCUUCAUGGUCUCUUCCUCUGUUGUUCUCCUCUGUUUUUAGUUACAUUCUUUUUGCCUUUUUGUUUAAGUUAGUUGAGAUCUGCUUCAGCCACUGCAUACUGGUUGAACUCGCAGCUUGGAACAAAUAUCGCUUGUAAUUUAAAAAUUUCGAGGGAUAUAAAGUUUAGAAUCCAAAUUUUAUUCCUCUCCUUUUCUUAUAUUUUGGAUGUACCAAGUUUCUGUCCUGGAAAAUUGAAAUAUCUCUCUCUUUCCUUUUGAGA